AUGGCCACCCAGAGUGACAUUCAACUCUCAAAGCAACAGCCAAUGAUAUAUAUCUGUGGAGAAUGUCACACAGAUAAUGAAAUAAAAUCCAGGGAUCCAAUCAGAUGCAGAGAAUAUGGAUACAGAAUAAUGUACAAGAAAAAGACAAAAAGAUUGGUGGUUUUUGAGACCAGAUGA